AAAUGUGCGAAACCCGCCAUCCUCACGAAACUCUAUGAACUUAUCUGCCAGUGCUGGGAGGAAGGAGCAAUGCCUCAAGACAUGAGAGACUCCAACAUCAUCACCCUAUAUAAAAACAAGGGUGACCGCAGGGACUGCAAUAACUACCGCGGCAUCUCCCUGCUGAGCAUCAUGGGGAAAACCUUUGCCCGUGUGGUCAGCAGAUUACAGAUACUAGCUGAGAGGAUGUAUCCUGAGGCUCAGUGUGGUUUCAGAGCAGGAAGGUCCACAAUUGACAUGCUCUUCUCCUUGCAUCAGCUACUUGAGAAAUGUCGAGAACAGAGAAUGCCCCUGUACUUGGCAUUCUUUGAUCUUACAAAAGCCUUUGAUCUCAUCAGUAGGGGAAGCCUCUUCAAACUCCUCAAAGUGAUUGGCUGCCAACUGAAGCUGCUGGCAGUCUUCUCUUUCCAUGACAACAUAAAAGGAACUACAGCACAGCGGCACCACCUCAGAGGAAUGUACCAUACUCAGCGGUGUAAAGCAGGGAUGCGUGCUUGUCCCAACACUGGCAUAUUUUUCUCACUUAUGCUCACACAUGCCUUUGAUGGCAAACUCUUCAACCUUGGCCGUCUCGGAUCCAAAACCAAAGUCCGCAAAGUCCUCAUCAGAGAACUCCUAUUUGCUGAUGAUGCCGUGCUGACAGCUUACACAGAACAAGGUCUGCAGACACUCAUCGACCACCUUGCAACAACUUUGGCCUGACAAUCAGUCUGAAAAACACCAAUGUCAUUGGCCAGGGUGUCAGAGACACCCCUUCCAUAAACAUUGGCAGCUACACCCUGGAAGUCGCUCAGGACUUCACCUACUUGGGUUCCACCAUCACCUGCAAUUUGUCCCUUGUCACAGAUAUUGACAAGCGCACACGUUUUCUGCGAGGGACAUUAUCGGUGGAGGUCAAAGUUAUUAAGCAUAAUAAGAGUAAAUAUUGCGUGAGUGAAUGCUAUAUAGAGAUUACGGAAAUGAUAGUUGAAUGUGUAAUCGUAGGAAUGUGAAGACAUAGCCACAAAGGAACAAAGUAAUUGUAGUGCUUGAUGUGGGUAUUAAUAGUAUGUCUGUGGUGGUGUGUAAAUAUAUAAUUAUUUUAACGCGAGUGCAUGUAUUUGCAUGCUUUUUAUUUCUUACCAGGCGAUGUAGACUUGACGUAUUUAGUCGUAGCUGUUCUAUAGCAUCUAUGUUGUGUAGAAGGAGAACGGUAGUCCUGGUACAUAGAUGUAAAUAUUUUAGAAUAGUACAUGUUUUUUUAAUAAAUAUUGCAGUGUGUAUUAUAGGUGAGCCGUGCACAUGCAGAGAGGAUAGUAAGCCCGAAGUGGAUGAAUUUGGCAGCAAAAACGCAGGGCUGAUAAUAGGGAAGGAUAAUGUGGUAAAUAUGAGACACGUAUGUUAUGGUGAGUGCGUGGAAUUGUAGAAAAUGAAAUGUCAUAAUGUGCUUGCAUGUGUGGCAAACCAGAAGUUGUGAGAAUGCCCCAAGCUUUAACACAUGGCAAGAGAGAGAGCGGGGGGGAGGUGAGCAGCGUGGGGGGAGGGUGUGCAGGUGGUACUACAGGUGUUGAAGGUGAGCAGAUAGUAGGGGCUGAACAGGCAUGGCAUUGGCUAAAGAAGAGAUUGAAGGAUGUGGAGGUGGUCGGACCUGCUGAUGACUGGUACCGGGAGUGUCAAGAUUGGCCUCAGUGGAGGAGGCCCGUGAGAAUUGGUCUGAUGGAGCAAAGGCACUCAGCGCAGCUCGGUAAAAAGCAAAAACAAUGGGACCAGAAUGCAAACAGCAUGGAUUGUACUGGAAGUGUGAUACGGCACCAGAGAACUCAAAGAGGAGAGAAAACCUUCAAGUGCACUGUGUGUGAAAAGGCAUUUGCAUGGUCAUCAGUUCUUCAAAAACACCAGAGAAUACACACAGGAGAGAAACCCUUCAGGUGUAGUGCGUGUGGGAAGGCAUUUUCAGAUUCAUCUGUUCUUAAAAGACACCAGAAAACACACACAGGAGAGAAACCUUUCAGGUGUAGUGUGUGUGAGAAGGCAUAUUCAGAUUCAUCUGGCCUUAAAAAACACAAGAGAACACACACUGGAGAGAAACCCUUCAAGUGCACUGUGUGUGCGAAAGCAUUUUCACAGUCAACACAUCUUAAAAUACAUCAGAGAACGCACACAGGAGAGAAAGCCUUCAAGUGCACUGUGUGUGAGAAGGCAUUUUCAGAAUCAUCUGCCCUUAAAAGACACCAGAGAAUCCACACAGGAGAGAAACCUUUCAGGUGUAAUGUGUGUGGGAAGGCAUAUUCAGAAUCAUCUGCCCUUAAAAAACACGAGAGAACACACACUGGAGAUAAACCCUUCAAGUGCAGUGUGUGUGAGAAGAUAUUUUUGGGUUUAUUGCUUCUUAAACGACACCAGAGAACACACAUGGGAGAGAAACCCUUCAGGUGCCUUUUGUGCGAUAAAGCGUUUGCAAAGUCAUCAGUUCUUAAAGAACACCAGACAAUACACACAGGAAAGAAAGCCUUCAAGUGCAGUGUGUGUGAGAAGGCAUUUGCACAGUCAUCACAUCUUCAAAAACACCAUAGAACACACACAGGAGAGAAACCUUUUAGGUGCACGCUGUGCGGCAAGGCGUGUUCACAGUUAUAAAAUCUUCAUAGACACCAGAGAACACACAGGCAUCAGAAGAUCCCCAAGGAGUGUAGUCUGAAAUCGACUUGUGAAAGUCAAAGUGCUGCAAUGAGCCCAUCCCUACUGAAAAAAGAACCAGAAGUAAAUUCCAGCUUGGACACUAUGAAAUGUAUCGAGGUGAAAUUUGAAGACGUGAAGGUGAAAUGUGAAGAAGUGAUGGUGAAGAGCGAAGAAGUGAAGGUAAAAUGUGAAGAUGAAGAUUCAACUCCAAAAUCAGACCUUCACAUUCAUGGAGGCAACGUGAAGCAGGAGGAGAAUUCGGACUGUGAGGCAGAGCGAGGCAACGCCCAGCAGUUUGUGGAAGUGGAGGUAUGGGUGGACUUCCUCGACAAUAUAAAUUCAAAUGGAGACCCUGUAGAUGUGGACUCUUGAGACAAUGAAGCUCCAAUAGAUUCACGUUUGUCACAGGCCUUUAAUAAAAAUAACGUGACGUUGAAUUGCAUAAACUUACCAAUGAAUUAAUUGAUGAAACACUAAUCAUUUAUAAGCAUCUAUGUUACGAAUCUACACACUCACAGGAAUACUAUUGUGUUGAGAUUUUUCUUUUGAUCACAGAAUCUUGCCCGCAAAUUCAUUGAUGUCUCAAUCGCCAAUUGAUAAGCAUCUGUUAGCCAAAUAGGCACACUAGCACUCACACUAUUGUUUCAGGACAUUUCGUUAUUUGCAUAAUCUUACAAAUUAAUUCAUUGGUGUCUACUUUUGCCAUUGGGCACAUGUUUCUUUAGCAUGUUUCGUAUGAGUAGUAUACAUUUUUACGGACUUUUCCUAUCGCCGUGUAUGGUCGCUCUACUCGGAGGAGUUAGCUGAUUGUUGUGUUACUCAGUUUUAACAAACGUAACCAUUGACAGUUAAUUGUACGGAUCAAUGAGUAGGACAGCUUCAGGAGUACGGUAUUGGCGAUUCUGAUCAUAAGUGUUAGUGUUUUUAGAUAUUAAAGUUGCUUAACAUA